AUGCUCUACAAGCCACUGGAUGGAAAGGCUCUCCAUGUGGAUUUUCGUGAGGAAGCACCAGCACUAUACCAUCCGAAGACCUUCUGCAAGAAUGCGACUUGUGUUCUCGACCCCCACUGCGACUGUAAUGGAACCUGGCCGAGCACAGAGCGUUGCACUGGCGGACAUGCCACUGGCACGCCUGGCUUCCCAGCCCUUCUUUCGCUCGCAGUGCGUGAUCAACUCGCUUCCCUGCCACUCUCAGAGAUCGCCGGGCCCGCGAUAGACUUGGCUCGCAAUGGCUGGAUCAUGGACGAGGGCCUCCACAAGAGCAUUCAGCAAUAUGCCCCGCAGCUAGCCCGAGACCCUGCUUCGCGAGAGCUCUUCUUAAAUGUGAGCGGCACUGGGCCCAAGGCAGAGGUUGGUGAGAUCCUUCGAAAUCCAGACCUUGCUCACACCUUGGAGUUGAUCGUGACUGCGCCAGAUGACUUCUACACAGGGCACCUAGGUGAGGAAUUUGUGCAGGCGGCAGCACAAGGCCUCAAUAGUGUGACGGGAAAGCAUGGUGUGCUUUCCAUGGCGGAUCUGCAUGGUUACAGGGCAGUGUAUCGUGAACCAGUGCAGUACGAGUACACCACUGCCUCCGGCCUUACCUACAACAUCACCGGUUCUGCCCCACCCUUCAGCGGUGGAGUGGCGCAAGCUCAAAUCUUCAAUUACCUCGAGCAGGUGGACGGGACAGAUGCCACAGCCGCCCGCAGGCUUGGCUUCUUUAUGGAUGCGCAGAAUGCAGCAUUUGCUGACCGCAACCAGUAUGAUCAUGGCACGUCUCACAUGACGAUCAUUGAUUCCCAGGGAAACAUUGUGGCCAUGACCACGACUGUGAACAUGAUCAUGGGCUCAAGGGUAACUGUGCCCGGGCGUGGCUACCUGUUAAAUAACGAAAUGUGUGACUUCGAUUCACUGGGUAUCAUUCCACCGGAUUUCACCGGGCAGAUGACCGUCAAUGCUGCGGAGGGGGGCAAGCGCCCCAGGCGCACGGCUCUGGGGGACGAUAGCAGCUCCUUAGGUGGAAAAAGGCCGAGGUCCUCAAUGAGCCCCACUCUGGUUGUGCCAAAAGAGCCAGGCAAAGCAGCUUUCUCAUUGAUGGGCUUAGGAGCGCCUGGCGGAUCCGACAUUAUUGGUGGAGUAGCCAAUGUCCUGAGACAUACCCUGGCUGCACCAGGGGUGGAGGUUCGGCAGCUGCAGGCACACACCAAUGCCCCGCGUGCAAUCGGCAAGAAUGAGCCGAGAAUGGGCAAUGCAGUCGUGGAGUUAGCACUCUACGAGGACAAGGAGACAGUUGCUGCCUUGCAGUCUUGGGGUUACAACCUCACGCACACGCGCUGUUCUCCGAUCUUCUGCUCGGGAGAGACGUACUCUCGAGUGCAAUCUGCAAUGAUGUGGCGUGCUGAUUCGCCGUCCCGUUGGAUGUUUGUAGGGGCAGCAGACAAGCAGCGCUUGCCUACUUGUACAGUUCAGGCUCCGCAAAGCUCUGGUGACUCUGUUUUCCUGCCCUGA